AUGAUCAUAGAUCAAUACGUUCUGGGAGCGUUCGAGGAAAUCGAUAAAACGCUAGAGAUUGCUCUUCGGCAAUCUUCCUUAACGCACCAACGCCAGUCUCAGCCAUCAAACAGGGCCUACUUAAAGAAACUUCAAGAUCAGCUGUGGCUCGUACAAAAUGAGGUGACACUAUUGAAAGCUGGGUUGACCCAAGGCAAACGGCAGCAUCGUGUGAGCUUUCCAGUAUUGGAAAACGUGCUUCACAAGCUACAACAACAGGAGGAAGAUGUGCUCCGCGAUUUCGUCGCGGUUUCGGGCGAUGUUGAAAAUUCAGUACGCUCAGCCAUCGAUCAGUACGUGUCCGUGUGCUUGUACUACAGCGUGGUCCAAAAAUCGCUAAAAGAGCUGCCGCUCGUUUCAGAUACAGCGAUAUAUUACGGAGACGUCCACGACGCGACGCGAUGGUCCUUGCUCUACGCUUUACAGGUUUUGCCCAAUAGACUUGUUCGGAUCCUGCGCAGAUCCGUACAGAACGAUAAGAAAUAUAUCAGCAGAGCUCAUCUGGCACGUGACCUAAAAGCGCUGGGCCAUGGAUGGUACGACUACCUCCUGCGAAAGGCAGACCGUAUGGUCAUGAUCCAGAACUUCCAGCUGGUGGGGCUUCCUAACGAUGCCAAGAAGGUGGCACGUUCAAUUUUCGCCCUUCCCUUGGCCGCCGUUCGCCAAGAAGUGGACGCAAAUCGCGUCGCUGCGGAGGAGCUUUUUGAUGGCACCACUAGGAAACUCGGCAGCUUGUUGGGUCAAUUUCCCAAUACCCACGAUUUCGAAGAGCGGACCAGACUUUUGGCUUCUUUUUUUGACCAUAACGCACGCGAAAGCUCUCCAAAUGGAGCCGAAAAAGUUCUUCUGGACCUAGUUUCCAAAAUGACAGUCCCAAGUCCCAUGAAAUACGUCGAAAAGCCUGGGUGUUGGACUCGCUACUGGCCCUCGAUUUUUGCUGUGUUGACAUACGGACCUGGGUCCGCUAUUGCCAUAUGGCAGUCUCGCUAUAAGAUUGUACAAUUCUGCCAGGAAAAUAUUGUGGAUUUCUGCGCCGGUUUGGUCCAAAAUUGGAUAUGGGUACCACUUCAACAAGUUUGGAGCACGGUUCGUCAUGAUGAGAAGAAUUCAACUCUUGCGAUUGCCUCUAAGGGCUCCUUGGACUCCGAAUUCAGUUCAUUGACCAGGAUGGUUGUCCAACUAGUGGCGGAGAACUCAGAUCAGCCCGUGGACACUACCAACCUAGCUGCCCAGGUUGAAACUGGUAAUUUGACAGAGUUCAUGCAGAUCUACGAGCAUCAGCUACACCACCCUAUCAAGAACAUCAUGACCGGGAAAUUGGUUCGUUCCCUUUUGAUCCAAUUGCAGAAAACGAAGGUAGAUGGCUCCUUGGCGUUGAGUGGGAUCGAUCAGCUGCUACAAUCUCAGCAGCUAGUGUUUGGGGUCGUUGCCAUGUCCCCAGCUGUACUGAUAUUGUACGUCCUCUGGACUUGUGCCUACAGACUAACUAGAUUGGGGCGUCUUUGGUCGAACGCGGCGCAGCUCAAGUACAAGCUUUCUUCCAGCUUGAACAAUAUCGAAAGACUUUUAAACUACAACCACCACGAUGUCAACGUCACGGACAAAGAUUUAAAUACCGGUUUGCUGGCUCUGGAGGUGGUUUCUGCUCGCCAAUGCGGUGACCGUCUGAUUCCAAAAAAUCGGAGAAGCGAGUGGAUCAGAGACGUUGGAGAGCUUGUGGAUACAAACUUGGGCCAUGCGGCUCGUUUGAAUGUGAUGAACAGGAUAUAUCACGUAUAUGGUAGAUUCCUGACUUAA